AUGUCGCGUUUCUUCCCCCAAGCCGUCUACGAAGAAGACCAGAAAUACGGCCGCACAAUCCUCACAACCCACGUCCUGACCCGCGGCUUCCAAGCCGGCUCCCUCGUCUCCCUCCCCGUCGCCAGCACCAUCUACUUCUUGCGCCGCCGGCACAACCCCCUCAUUUGCCCGAGCUUCGAGGCUAUAUUGCUGCGGUCGACGGGCCGGGGCGCGGUGAUCGGGACGGCGUUGUUGGGGGUCGCGGUAGUGCUACGUAUGUGGGGGAGGGAAGGGAUUGAAUGGCAGGAUCGCAGUUGGAGGUUGUUGGGGAAUAAGGGGCAGGUUGAAUGUGAUGACUGGACGUAUGGGGGUAUGGCGGUGGGUGCCAUAGCGGGGGUGGCGAAGGGUGGCUGGAGGUAUGGGAUAGGGGGGAUGGGCGUAGGGAGUUGGGUUGGUAUGGCGGGGUAUAUGGCGUGGAGGUAUGGGGUUAAAGGGGGGAAGUUCGAGGAGAGGGAGAAGUCACUGGUAUAG